AUGCUGCUGCUGCUGCUGCUGCUGAAGAAGAANCGUGAAAAAGCUGGGAUCAUUGAGAGCGCUGAUUUGGACAAUUUCUACGGGGCACAUUUGCUAAUGCUGAAUUCAUCACGUCCUUCGAACACAAAUUGCUCGAUCGUGGUUUAUGUGAUCAGUACCACUCCGAUGCUGCAUCCGUUAAAUCUUCUGCAUUCGGAUUUUCACCACCCAGGACACAUGAAAAAUUACAUCAACUGA